UGCAAGGCUAUAUCCUACUAAAAGGAUGCAGAAAUUAGAGAGGUGAACCUCACUAUUAAGUUUACUUCUAAAAAGAUUUGGUGAUUACAUUACAACUUGUGUGUCAGAAAAUAAGUAGAAGAACCAUCAGAAUAAAUUGAAAAUAUUGUAAAUGAAGGAUACAUCGCCAGUAUUCUAAGUAUCAUGCUUUCUGUUGUACAUGUGUGUGGAUAUUUUAGAGUAUAUUGACCUACAAUGAUGUGCAUGUGAACUUCACUGGAGAGGAGUGGGCUUUGCUGGAUCCUUCCCAGAGGAAUCUCUACAAAGAUGUAAUGCUGGAGACCUACAGGAACCUCACUGCUAUAGGCUACAAUUGGGAAAGUCAUAAUAUAGAAGAGCAUUGUCAAAGUCCUAAAAGACACACAAGGUAUGAAAACAAUCAUUGUGCAGACAAACUCCCUGAAGAUACUCAAGAUGAAGUCUUUGCACAUCACAAUAGUCCCCACACAUGUAAAAGUAUGCAUACUGGUGUGGAUCACUAUGAAUGUUGCCAAUAUGGUAAUGCCUUUGCACAUAAAAGUCAUAUCCUAAGACAUAAAAGUAUACAUAUAGGAGAGAAACCUCAUGAAUGUAACCGAUUUGGUAAAACCUAUGCAUCUAACAGUAGUCUCCUAAGACAUAAAGGAGGAACUCACACUGAAUGUAACCAAUGCGGUAAAGCCUUUGCACGUAACAGUAGUCUAAUACACAAAAGAACGCACACUGGAGAGAAACCUUAUGAAUGUAACCAAUGUGGUGAAGCCUUUGCAUUUAAAAAUAAGCUCCUGCGACAUAAAAGGACUCACACUGGAGAAAAACCUUAUGAAUGUAACCAAUGUGGUAAAGCCUUUGCACAGAACAUUAAUCUCAUUGUUCAUAAAAGAGCUCACACUGGAGAGAAACCUUUUGAAUGUAACCAAUGUGGUAAAGCCUUUGCAGAUAACAAUGUUCUCCGAAGGCAUAAAAAUCUAUGUUGCAGAAAAUUCUUAUGAAUAUAGCUAAUGUCAUGAAGUCUUUUCAUGUAAGACUUAUCUUGAAGAAGAACACUUAUUGGAGUGAAACCCUGUAAAUAUAAACAAUGUGUUCAAAAGUUUGCAUGCCUUAAUAAUCUCUAUGUACAUAGAAGAAGCACACUGGAUAGAAACUUUAUGAAUGUAACCAAUGUGACAAAGCAUUUUGACAUAAUAGUAUUCUCCUAUGACAUGAAGAACACAUACUAGAGAGAAAUCUUAUGAAUGUAACUAAGGUGGUAAAGCCUUUGCAUGUAACAGUAGUCUCCUAAUACAAACAAAAGAACUCACACUGGAGAGAACUCUUAUGGAUGUAAUCAAUGUGUGAAAGCCUUUGUAUGUAACAGUCAUCUCCUAAUACAUAAAAGAGCUCACACUUGAGAGAAAACUUAUUAAUGUUUCCUUUGUGGUAAAGCCUUUUCACAUAACUGUCAUCUCCUAAUAAAAACGUGCUGUUCACAAUCAU